AUAACCUUCCGUGACGCCGCCCCUCCGCCCCUCCUCCCUCACCCCGCCAGCCUCCAUCACCCUCCAAUAGGAAGCAGGUCCGCACUAUAAAAUGCGUGGGAGGCUGAACCACAUCGUCAGUUUCUUGCUCUCGGCCGUAGUGUCAACAACUCAGAAGAACAUGUCUGGUCUCGCCCAAGUCCUGGUGGUGGUGCUGGCUGCUGCGGCCACCCUAGCUGACCCUGAUCCUGGCUACCCUGCCCCGUGCUACGACAAGACUGCCUACAUCACUAAGGUGCAGCAUCAGGUUCAGGAGUAUCCCGUGUACUCCACCAUCUUCAAGCAGGAGAUCGUGCCCACCACCCUGUACCGCACCAACUACAACACCCUGUACACCACCGUCUACAACACCCAGAUCGUGCCCAAGUACAUCACCGAGACCGUGCACAAGACCCAGGUGAAGUACGUGACGCAGGUGCAGACCCAGUACCAUACCCAAUACCAGACCCACUACGUCACCACCCAGCAGUACGUUCCCAAGUACGUCACAGAGACCCAGUACAUCACCAAGUACAACACCCAGAUGAUCUACAACACCAUCUACACCACCCAGUACACCCCAGUUCCGGUGCUCAAGACCCAGGUGCAGUACCAGACCCAUUACCAGACUGAGUACGUGCCCAAGUACGUGACGGUCACCAAGGACAAGAUCGCCUACGUCACUGACUGCCCCAAGCCCGCCUAUGGAUACGGCUAUUAGAGCGGCCUGGCGAGAGGAAAGAAGGAAAGGACACGCUUGCAUGUUCCCCGUCAGGAGCACUCUGCAGGGGCUGUCGUCGAGCUGUCAACUAACUGGCCGGCGUUAGGUUAAAAAAAUGUACAGAGGAGGAAAAAAUUGUAGAUACUAUUUUUUUUUUUUCAUAAUGAAUGUAUAUGUACGAUAA